AUGACAAAAGAGAAAUUGCAAAAAGAAAUCCUGGAAAAAGUAAAACCAGGAACUAAACCUUCGGAUUUAAAGAAAAAACGGGGGAAUACUACUCAAUUUACCCAUGGCAUUCCUACUCCUCCCCCUAGUCCAGUUUUAAAACCUACUAAAACCAACAAUCUAAAAGAAUUACAGCAGCAAGCUAAUGAGAAAAUAAGAAAAUUAGAACAAAAGAAUGACCCCGAACAUAUUUUAGAAAAACAUAAUCCUUACAAAGAAAAAGUAAAGGAAUUAGAGACAAAAAUCCACGAACAAUACAAAACUAUUGAAGACCUAAAAAAACAA